UAAUAUUUCGAAGCGGAAUCGGUUUCGAUUUGGCUGCAAAAUGUCGAAAUAUAGCUGCGAAUCUCGUAAAUACAAUGCUGUCUGGGAAAAAAACAAGAGUAACUUAUCCAAAUUUUCUUGUUUGGGAUGAUUCGGAGUACGAGACUUGAUUAUUUCCCCUGGGGAUAGGCUUUUGGGUCUUCUUUUGAAAAAUGUCGGAUAUCUUCAGCUUCACAGCUUUCAGACAAAUGUCGCAAAUGCUGUAUGCGAUAUUCUUGUUUCACAGUUCUAAGUUUCUUCUAGCAGUUUACUUUCACGGGAUUCAGAAAGUAACUCCGAAUUCCCUAUUACUCAGCGUAGACUAUGUUAUGGCAAUGAUCUUCUCCCUGGUCGAGUACUUGGUUGAAAUACAUUUCUUUCCAGAAAUGAAGGAACAGUGGGCAAUAAGCAACAUGGGUCUUGCCUUGGUAGUCGUUGGUGAAAUCAUACUAAAGUUGGCUAUAAUAACCGCUGGUAGGUCCUUCACUCAUCUAAUAAAGAAAUAUAUUGAUGAUGAUCAUGUAUUGAUCACUCAUGGGCUCUACAAGUUGAAGUACGUCCGGCAUCCAAGUUACUGUGGCUUCUUUCUCUGGUCCAUUGGUACUCAGAUAAUGCUUUACAAUCCCCUAUGUACACUUGCAUUUGCGCUAGUGGUUAGGCAUUUUUUCCAUAUGAGGAUACCAUAUGAAGAGUUUUUCCUGAGGCAGUAUUUUGGUUCUCAGUAUGAGGCGUAUGCUAGACGAACGUCCUCCGGUAUCCCAUUUAUCAUGUUUAGAUAG